CAAAUGUUUUUUUUUCUCUUGGCGUGAAUUUAUGACACAUCGAGGAAAAUCGUGAAAGCUGUAUACCACGACCUCGGUAGUAGAUAAAAACGUCUGGUAUGCAACUAGAACGUUGACGACCGAGUGUUGGACAAGUUAGAUGUGUGGCAAACGACAGGGAAAUUUGCAAUUUGUCGUUUCAUAGGUUUUUAUCGCAUACAAUAUAAAAUUUUUAUCGUAAACGUUAUCGCGUACAUUGUCCUUGUUGUUGGCAAUGCUAUGAGAAAAUAAAUUGCGCCGAAACGUGCACAAACAGUCCAUAUUUCUAUACAAAGCGAACGAUAGGGUUAUGAGGCUCCAAUUUCGAAGUCUCGCUAUUCGUAAAUAUUUUUUCAGUGUUUUCAAUAUAAUUUCUAUACUACGCGAUGGCUGAAAAAUGUAAGGUAUGUGGGUGUACAUGCACAAACUGCACUCAAAAAGAUCAACAGCACAAUGACAUGCAUCUGCAUGUAGAAAUAGAAAAUUUGCGCCAACAUUUGAUGGAAAGGGAUAAUCACAUUGCGACAAUGGAGACACAGUUUUUGAAUGAGGCUGAUAAAUUUCCAAAUGGAGAAUUGGCUUCAAUGAAGGAGGAACUUUUAAUUUGGCAAGAUAAAUAUUCAAGAUUACACGAGGCUCAUAAACGCAUUCAGAAAGUAAAUCAAAAUCUUGAGGAUAAAUUAUUGAGGAUUGUAGAUAAAUGUGAAACAGAGAAAAGUGCAUUCACCAAGGAUAUCGCGACUUUAUCCCACAGAUUGGCUGAUGCAAAUUAUACGAUACAUCGUUUGACACAAGAUAAUGAAAAGUAUAGAAACGAUGUAAAUUUGGCAAUACAACUUCUUCAGUGUAAACCUUCCAACUUUGUUGGUCAAAAAUAUGAUACUUUACCUACCGAAGUACAGGCAAAAGUUAGAACAUAUGUUGCACAAAAGAAACGAACAAAUGAUGCUCCUCCUGAUGUCAAAAGUAUUACAGUGCCAAUUUCAACGUUUCCUCCAACAGCAAUGGUAUAUAAUAUAACUAAGCCUAUGCUUGACAAACAUAGCGACGAUGACAGCGACGAAUCAAAGCCGCCGGUAGAUGUUGUUUCAGCCGCAAUAAUGGCCAAAGUUUUGGAAGACCGGGAGAAAGAACGGAUAUUCUCCAAGCAUUGUGAUACGUGUACUUGUCAUAGGAGCAUUUUGAUGGUCGACGCUGAAACUCAAACUAACGUGCAAGAUGUUUUUUCUUGUAACGAAUGUGCUACCAAGUAUGCAGAAAAUACAGAAAAAUGUUCGGAUAAUAUGAAAAGUACCGAUAAAACUUACCAAAAUAAAGAAAGUCAAAAUUCUAUGUUACACGUGGCUUACCACGAGGUGAAUGAAAAUGUUAGUAACAAUAAAAUGCAAUAUCAGAACAAUUGUACAAAGACUACUAGCAGUCAACAUUUAUGCACAAAAGAUAAGUUUUUAACUAGAAACGGUAAAGUCUUGGAGAGCGUGAAGGAAGAUGUUCGUGUUAGUGUCAAUACGAAAGCUAAUUUAAAUAAAAAAAACUCGUUGCGUCGUAGUGAUAUGCAAAUUCAAAGCGCUUUUCAAAAUCAGAGCGCAAACAUGACGAAACACGUAACCUCUCAAAAUAUUGGUAACACGUGUAUGAAUAGCAAAACGAAUGCUGAUAAGGGAAAACAGGUGAAACCGUAUAAAAAAUGCGAAUCACAAAUCGAUAAUACAUUGAAUCCAAAUCACUGGAAUACAUUGGAGAAGAAGUCCUCUAACCAUAGUCAUAUAGUUCCUGAAAAUUCUAACAGUUACUUUGAUGGAAAAGAACAGAGUCCAAUUGAUAUUAUUAAUGAUAGACUGUGGAAAAACGAAUGGACGAAAUUAAAAUUGCAAGCUAAUAAAGACACUAAAAUAAUAGAUAAAGUCUGCGGGGAUAUCGAAAUUGACAUUAUCAACGAUAGGGUGUGGAAGAACGAUAGAUCAGCAGAGGAAACUCACCUCCCAGCACAAUUAACUUUUAUAGAAGUAAAAAACAUAGAUAACAAUUCAAACCAAAAUGAUUCCGGACUAAUGGAAGUGGCGACUAGUCCAAGUUUUAGUAGCGAUAGUAUAGUAAUUUCAACUUCCGAUCCUUCUAGCAGUUCUAGCGAUGUUGUUCGUUCACUUAGCGGAACGAAUUUGCACAACGUUGGUAAUUCAAAAUCCAGUAGCCAAAAUCGAAUAACUGGUCCGAGAAAUUGUCUCGUGAGAGUCACGCCUGGAUCGAAAAAUAUUCUUUUAGAUAAUGCUGGCCAUUAUAAAACUGUAUUAUACACUAGUGGAAAUAACAAACCAAAUACUGCUUUAGUUCACUCGAAAAAAUUAUCGCGAUCCGGAUCCGAAAGAUCAGUUUCGACCAGUAGCGAGGAAAGCUGUCCGAUCUUGCUACACGACAAUAAUCAAUUACAAAGAGUAGCCGAAUGGGUUCAGUCAUCGGUGCACAUGGAUAAUUCUGUGUCGAAUUACACGAAAUUAAAGCCUAAUGAAAAUAUAAUGAACCAGAGAUCGUUAAUGUAUUUGAAUGAGCAACAAUUGAAGUCGAAACUGUUCGUAGACGCUCGAAGAUUGCAUGAUAAUACUCAAGAAAAAAAGUGCGGGGAUUUAAUAGUACACGUUCACAACCUUGGCGAGGGAAAUUUAAAUAACGAUGUAAAUAAUUUUCCAACAAAUGUAAAUAACGUUGAACCAGACAAGGAAAAAGAUUUAAUAUCUUUCGAUGUUCCGAACGAGGAGGAGAAGGACGUGCCCAAAGCUUCCAACAAAAUUGACAUCACCGAUAUCGAUUACGAAGUAAAAAUCACUAAAGAAAUGGAAGAAACUUACCUAAAACUUGCCGCAAGUUUAGAUCAUGUCACGUUAGACUUACCACGUACGAAUAGCGCGGACUUAACGAUUGAAAAGUAUAGAAAAGAUCAUAGAAAACUUCAAAGGAGCCUUGAGAAGGCGGGAUCAAAAAUGUAAAGUAUUACGGCAAAUAUUUCAGAAGAUUAUUAGUACUAUCACAGCAGGGAGUUCCUUUAAAGAUAACAGAGCGUUAUUUUUUGUAACUAUAUGAAACUAAGGCUGUACCAAGAUCAGUAGCUUAGGAGAAAACAUUCUAUACACCACUGCAGACAUAGGAUUAUAUUUAUUUAAUUUGUAUAGUUAUUGUUAGCGUUGCAGCUUUAUUGCCUGGUGGAUGAGAUUCGGUUGUGCGGCAGUCGCGGAAUGUUGUUGGUAUGUAAUUAUUUAGUGAUUACAAUAUCAAUUCUCUUAUAGCUAAUAUGUCUAAUCUAAUUGAAAACAAAUCUCGAGAUUAAUUAAAUAUUUAUUAAAUUCUUUGAAUGUUGAAACGAUGAGGAGCUAUUUAACAAAUGAUACGAGAGAUACUAGUUAUUUUAUUUUCAUUUUUUCGAUCCUUCAUAGUUUUUGUCGAACCAUUUCUAUAUCGAAAAAUAACCCAAUUAAAUUAGACGACGAAACUUUUAUUCUUGUUACUGCGAUUAAAUAUUAUAGAACGAAUUGCGUUCGCGUGUAUUGAAAUGUGACAAUAUUUAAGAUUCGUUGUCGAAUGUUAAUAGUUAUGUUCGCGAUACAUUAGUGCGUGCUACUUCCAAUCAGUGAUGGGCAGAAUUUUAUUCGAAUAAUCUAUUCAAUGAAACAGUUGUUCAUUUAACGUGAAAGAUAAUCUGAUUUUGUAACUUAGAUUGUAAUUUUUUUCAGACAAAUAGCGAAGCAAAACUUGUUUCAUUCAUUAUACGAGUUUUUUUUUUUUUAUAUAAAUAAGAAUUUUGUCCAUCUCUGCUUCCAAUUAGGGCAACGCCGUAAAGUGUUAGCGUUGCAAAACAAGAUUCUUCGAACUGAUUUAAUACGAGGAACACUGAUAACUGUAUCGAGACAGCGUUAACGCGUAAAAUUCAAAAUUUUAUUUAACGGUUGUCGCAGACGUAGCGAUAGAACGGAUAAUAUAUAUUUUCCUUGCGUGCUCGAGCAGAUAUGGCAAGAUAUAGCGGUGACAAUAUUAAUAGUUCAUAUAAUUAUUAAGGUGUAUCUGUGGAACAACGUUUCAAGGAACUUGGUCGCGUACGCGCAAAGCAGAAUAUUUAUGAGAAACGCUCGUUCUCCACCGAGAAAUGUCUACAAUAAAAAUUACUAUCGUGCAAAGAUCAUUAUCUGUGUUAAAGAAUACUUACGGUACCAAAGUUGAAAGCAAUCGUUGCAAAGUUAAUACGUUUAGUACUUAUUUAAUGGUCCGCUUUAAUCGAUGUAUCAUAGUAUAAUUAUCGUUCACUUUCAUUUGCAUGUUUCCUUACACACGAAGAGAAGAUAAAAAGAAAUGUACUUAGGUGGAUCUUCGCCUCAUUUUCGAUUAGUCGGUCUAAACUGCUGGAUUAUAACGUGGCUGAUUCUUUCGUUACAGAAAGUGUAUACUAAUAGGAAGGGAUUGAAGGUUACAGAUUUUACGUCUACAAUCAAAAUUCGGGAUUAAUUUAUUUAAUUACAGUAAUUCCCGUUUUCAAAUGAUAAAAUCGGGACAGUUGUUUAACUUGAAAGUGGGAUAGGUAGCAGUGUUUAGCUCGAGUUGAGGCUCAACCUUUCAUGAACCGUCCGAUUAGGAAAGUGAAAACGAGAGAGAUACAUUCUCUUUGGUGAUUGAAACUUGAUGAUUCUCGUUCUGAAUAGAUAUAAAUAGCGACGAGAUGAUUUUUGUACUUGAGUUUAGUAUAUAAAGUAUCACUUGAAAGCGGAAAUUACUGAUUGACGUAGUAAAUCUAUUUCGUCAUAAUUUUUUAGAUAACUUCAUUUGAGGCAAGACAUAUUUUUUAAUCGAUCUUUGAGCGUUGUAAUAGGUUCUUGAAAGGGGUAAAUCAGUGCUGUCCCCUGUCUAUAUGCCAUAUUACAUUUGUAUAAACAAUAAUACAAUGCCAUCAACACUCCAGUACGAUGAUGUUAUUGGAAUAGGAAUAGAGGAAUUUGACACAGAGUUGGGCAUAUUUUUACCAAGAUAACGUUUAACGUUCUAUAUAAAUAAACUUUCCUUUAUUUGACAGACGGACAAUGCGUAUAACUAUUAUUUAGAUAAUUGAACUCAAUACAAUUCUAUAUAAUUACCCAACUAAACAGUUUGGGUUAAUAACCAUGUCCUUUUCGAAGUCGGUUAAUUAUCCAAAUAAAAUAGUGGAAUAUUUAUCUAGAUAAAAAUUUGUUGGAAGUUAUUCGAGUGAUGCUUAACUCUGGUCGGACAGCACUGCGCUGAAUAAACUUGCUGAUCUUGGAGUUUCUUUUAUCAACAAUUUUUCUGACCCUGCAAUAAUCCAUUUCGAUGCUUGCUGGAAAGGGUGCAAAACAAUCGUUGCCCUCUGAGUUUGGAUUCAUGCAAUAGAAAAGCUCUGUGUUACGUGGAUAUCACGGUGACGCAGCGAUCGAACAAGGACGCGUGUUUUAAUUAAAAGUAAUCAUCGUUAAAAAAGUAACCAAAUGAAAUUAAUUAAAGGUAACCGUCGUUUCGAAGAUAAUGUUCGAGCCGUACGUGUAAAUACAUAUUAUAUACGCAUAUGCAUAUACAAGGAUGAAUAGCUGAUCGCUCGAGAUAUAAGCGUAUGCGAAUGUUCUCUUGCGUUCAAGACGAAGGACGAAGGUUGGAAAGAUGACGUAAUUUUGGGCUGUUUAUAUACAUAUAUGCGAAACAAUUGGAAGACUCUGGUGCAAGAAUUGGUCAUCGCCAUCUUUUAAUAAUUUCUUUCUUGCGCCACAGGCUUCAAUUAUCUCUCAGUUUCCAAACCCAAUUGAUUUUUGUCGCAUCGUUCAAUCUAAGGCGUCUUAUCUUACGAAUAUUAACCCUUUGCACUCCGCAAGCACAUAUAAUGUGCACUACGUCUCGGUUCAAAUUUAAUUAUGGUAACAUAAAGUGAAUUAACGAAAUAAAUGAAUAAAAUUAAUAUUAUGAAACUUCAACGAGACUCCAUAAAAUUGCCUCGAAGUUGCUAGUCAUUUAAACGAAACAAUAUUCUUAGAGUGCAAAUGGUUAAGUGGGUGGUUUGGUUUGAAGAACGCAAAUUUAUAUUUUCUUUGUGUAUUUAGUUUUAAGAAAGGGCUAGAUUUUUUUUAUAUCAAAUUUUGUAAACGUAUGUGUAUUUUGCCUGUUUUAAGGAUAUGGAUAAAUUUUUUUUAAUUUGUGAUUGUUCAGUCUCGAGUUAAACAUUGUUGCACCGAAAGAUACAAAAGAAGACUAUUUAAUGGCGUCCAUGAGUAACACUUAAACAAAUUUUUUGUCAGUUGUUUGAGUUUUUAUAUGUGUAUUAGUUUGAAAAAUGUCAGUUUUAAUAAAGUGCAACAAAUAAAAUAUUUAGAAUAAUUUCUCGAAUUUUGACAAUCAACAAAACGAUAAAAAAAGAAUCGAUUUUUUCAAAAUUCCAGACCAGGCUACCCUCUUCGUUAAGGAGUUAUACAAGUCAUCGAUUCAUCGAUGCGCAAGUUAUGAAUAUACAGGGUGCAUACAAAUAUUUGCCAUGAUAUUUAAAGCAUUUGAAUUGAUGAAGAUUUGUAUGAGAAAAUUAAAUUCAUCUCGGUUGCAACGUUCAAAUUUUAAUUCUAAAGGACAAAGUUAUUGGAAUUUUGGUUUAGAUUAAUUUUACCUUCUAUGUUAAACAUAACUUCCUUAAUGUCCUUCGAAUAAAAAUAAAUCUUAUUGCGGGAUUUAUUAAUAAAUCUUCAUCGAUCCAAAUGUGUAGAUUUAUCCAUGAACGCUGUAACGAAUACUAUAUCUACGCCCUGUAGAUAUAAAGAGCAAUGAACAAUAUCCAUUUAGAAUAAAACUUCGAAGUAUAUAUUCCCGUCAUUUUCAAUAUGCUUCUGAGGAAACGGUGCCCUCUGAAUCUGCCGUCUACAAAGCAAUCGGUGAAUGGAAAUUGUUUUGGCAAAUUUCACAUUCGAAACUGUAAUCAAAAUUAAACAAUUAUGUAGUUAUAUGAUCU